AUGGCCUCUCUCGGGAGUGGAAGCUGGAGUGGCGCCCCAUCACAGAGCGCAGCCCCUAUGCCCUGGGUGACCAUCUUGCAGCCAUUUCCUUGGACUGUCCCAUCAUCUCCUCUGUCUCAGCCUAGCCGCGUCAAGGAAGACCUGCUGGAGCUCAUGAUGCUGCAGAACGCACAAACGCACCAGCUGCUGCUGGGUCAACUGGUAGCGGGAGCACUGAGCCCAGGGCCAGAGUGGCCUCACCCACAGGUCUAUACAGACAGCCAACAGGAGCAGGUGGAGGAAGAGAUGGAGACGCAGGAGCAAGAACAAGAGCCUGUGGUGUUUCACCACCACUAUUUGCCUUGUCCUGUGACCGUCUUGGGCCCCAUGACACUCUGGCCAGCCUCUUUCCUCUCUGUUCCCCCACAUCAGCCUCCCUGGCAGGGUGCACCCAGGAUUCAGCACCAGCCCCCUGCCUCCAGGCAAGGGGAUAUGUGAGUGAGACUGGAGGGUUUGGA